AUGGUCUUUUCUAAGUUUAAGUCCCGGCUUGGGGCUGGAGACACCAGCGUACACGUACACGGCACUGCGGCCGAUGUCGAGGCGUCUGAUUCUGAGCACUCAAUCAUCCGCGAUGGAGACCUGGCCUAUACACUGGCUAAGGGAGGCAACGGGUCUAAGCCGGCAUACCAGGAAGCUGUUGGAGCGCCAGUAGAAAGGCAUUCGCCUCUGGGAUACCACGUUGGAUGGAUUACGGUCAUCUUCCUCAACGUCAACCAGAUGAUUGGAACUGGUAUCUUCUCAACACCCGCGUCUGUCCUCAACGGUACUGGUUCAGUCGGUCUUGCACUUGUCUACUGGACCAUUGGUUUCUUGAUGGCCCUUGCUGGGCUGAGCAUCUAUCUGGAACUGGCCAGUUACUUCCCCAACCGCAGCGGAUCUGAGGUCGUCUACCUUGAGCAAGCCUACCCGCGACCGAAGCACUUUUUCCCAAUCGCCUUUGCAGUGCAGUCCGUUUUGCUGUCUUUUAGCAGUAGUAACGCAAUCGUUCUGUCCCGAUAUCUGUGGAGAAUUGCUGGGAAAACCCCAUCACCUUGGGAGCUCAAGGGUGUUGCCAUCGCUGCGUACACAUUCGCCGUCAUUUGCGUAGUAGCUCACAACAAGUACUCUCUUUGGGCUACCAACAUCAUUGGCGCCAUUAAGAUCAUCACCCUCAUCUUCAUUUCAAUCACCGGCUUUGUUGUUCUCGGUGGCAACGUUGGGCACAUCCCCGACCCCGGCGUCAACUUUCGCAACGCGUUCGAGGGAACCACAGACAACGGCAAUGACCUCGCCACCGCAUUGAUUAACAUUAUCUUCUCGUACACGGGCUACUCUAAUGCGUUCAACGUUGUUAAUGAGAUCAAAAACCCGAUUCCGGUGCUCAAGCGCCAUGCAACAAUCUCGGUCGUCGUUGUGGCCUUGCUUUACAUGUUCUGCAACAUUGCUUACUUCGCAGCUGUACCCAAGGGCGAGUUCAAGGGUGCCAAGGAGAUUGCUGCUGCUGUAUUCUUCACAAAAGUCUUUGGCAGUGGGCCCGCUGAACAGGCCCUCAACUUUCUCGUCCUAUUGAGUGCCUUUGGAAACCUUCUCGCUGUGCUAAUUGGCUCCUCUCGUGUCAUCCGCGAGAUUGGACGACAAGGUGUUUUGCCAUGGACCGAGUUCUGGGUAAACACCAAGCCUUUUGGCACUCCUAUCGGCCCUUACUUCCUCAAGUGGAUCAUGACAUUCAUCAUGAUUGCUGCUCCCCCUGCAGGAGAUGCCUUCCAAUUCGUCAUCAGUUUGAAGACGUACCCCGACGGUCUCUUCCAUUUUGCAAUGGCCGUUGGAGUUUACCUCAUUCGAAUCCGUCGAAAGCGUGCAGGCCUUGGACGAACCGAGUUCAAGUCAUGGGACGUCACCGUCAUCUUCUUCAUCCUCCUCCAGGUUUACAUCCUCGCGAUGCCCUGGUGGCCCCCGAAGAACGGCCCAUACUCCGGCAGCGUCAGUUUCUGGUAUGCUACGUAUUGCGUUGUUGGUAUCGCCAUUAUGAUUGUAUGCUUCCUUUACUAUGCCCUGUGGAUGUGGGUGCUACCCAAGUGGCGCGGAUAUAGAAUCCGUCCUGAAAUUCUUGACGUAAGCGACAACGGCGCCAACACUCACCGUCUAGUACGAGUCCCCCUCGCAGAGUUGGCGGAAUGGGAUGCGGUCCACGAUGAUGCUGGUAACUUGCGUCGCAGAAACGUUGAUGGAUCACAAAGCUCUUCCAAGGGAGAUGGCGAGGGUGUUGUAAUUGGCGACCAGGGUACGACUCUCAAGUAUUAG